AUGAGCUCGGCCCCCAACAUAUCUCAGCGUCAUACCCGUCGUCUGCUUUACAGCGUUUUCUCCGUAGCUUCCCAAUAUGUGCACCGAACUCUCCAGAGCAACAGCUCUUCUACCAAUGGCGGCGCAGGCGUUCUCAUCAAACGCGAAUUUGACCCACACAAACGUCAGGAUAUCGCCUUCGCUGUACUCAUUCCUUUCCUUGUCAUGGCAAGCGGACUCUUUGCGGGCCUAACCCUGGGCUAUAUGAGCUUGGACGAAACCCAGCUCAACGUUCUUAGCAUUAGUGGUACCCCGAAACAACGCGAGUAUGCGAACAAGAUCAAGCCCAUUCGCCAAAACGGACACUUGCUCCUGGUCACACUACUCCUCGCAAACAUGAUCAUAAAUGAGAGUCUGCCUCUUGUGGCGGAGCCUGUACUGGGUGGCGGUGUUCAGUCCGUUGUUGUCUCCACCGUUCUCAUCGUUAUUUUCGCAGAAAUCAUCCCACAGUCGCUCUUCACUCGACAUGGGCUCUAUCUUGGCGCGAAGAUGGCUGGUUUGACUAAAUGUCUUAUCUACUUGCUGUUGGCUGAUCCUGGAUUUUCGCGAAUUCACAGGGUAUCUUCUCUUGGCCUGUCGCUAAACUUCUCGAGUUUACGCUGGGUCCGCACCAUGGCAUUAUAUAUCGCAGAGCAGGCUCAACUGAAGGAGCUUAUUGCUAUGCACUCCUCGCUCGCUACACAUGGCGGAGAUCUCAAGACCGACACCGUUACCAUCAUCGGCGCAACACUCGACCUGCAAGAAAAGGUUGUUCGGCAAGCCAUGACCCCUAUCGAAGACGUUUUCAUGCUCUCCAUCGACGCGAGUCUCGACUACGACUUGCUCAAGCAGAUAUGCAUGACCGGCCACAGUCGCGUCCCUGUCUACGAAGAGGUCGAGCUCCACGGAAACAAGGUCAAGAAGAUUCUCGGCAUUUUAUUGGUCAAGCAGUGUGUUUUGCUGGAUCCUAAGGAUGCCAUUCCUCUUCGCAAGAUCCCGCUGAAUAAGGUUCCGUUCAUCCCUCAUAACGAGCCGCUCCUCGGUCUAUUGGACAAGUUCCAGGAAGGUCGCAGUCAUAUGGCCAUUGUCAGUCGCUUUGGCAUGGACAAGGCAGCGAGCGUCAAGCAGGCGGUCAAACGUGGUCUAGCUCAACGCCUUCGUGAACGUGUUGGCAUGGCCGACUCUGAUUCAAGCGACGAAGACGAGAAGGACAAGCAGAAGGAGGCGAACCGACGCAAGAAGAAGACCAAGAAGGCACGUGAUCUCGAGGAGGGUAUCGUCGAAGAGGUCGAGGGUGAGGAAAUGCCUGGAGAUGACGACGAAAAGGAAAAGGCAGACAUCACCUUCCAACGGGGUCGCAAACUUGAAACUCCGACUGUCAAGAACAAGGACGAGGAGACCCAGUCUAAGAGUCGCAGAACAAGCUUUCAUUUACCUAAGGCUGCCGCCGGGAUGGCUUCAUUCUCGACUUUGGAGCAGAGCAUGCCUGCCGACGCUGUCUUGGGUAAAGAGGGUGUCGCUGAUUUCAUGCAAAACUUCGAUCCUGCUAUGAUGCCCCUUGGUAUUAUCACACUCGAGGACGUCUUGGAAGAACUAAUCGGCGAGGAGAUUUACGACGAAUUCGACCCCCAAGGUGCCCAUGGCGAUCCCUAUGUUCCCCCCGUUCGAAUUGAAGUUGUACCUCCCGUUGUCGUCAGCCCAUCUGUCGAUGUUUCUUCUGGACCUGGUGCAGUCAUCAAGGCCACUUCAAACCUCAAGGCGCCGGCUCCAGUGCUUAAACCACUUUCGCUCAAGGGUCUCAACUUCCUUCGCUCACGUAGUGCCCCCCCUACGCCUCGUGAACCUCCUGCUGGAGCCAAUGUGUUGACUGGUGCUGCGAAAGAAAGUCCCGCUGCUCUCCCAUCGCCUGAGGCAGAUGCAGAAACGUCUCGUUUGAGCGAAACUCCCAGUACCGCAACGGCAAUUUCUGUGUCCGCUGGGCCCGGAGUGGCUGGUCAAAUUCUUCCCGAGGUCAUUCCUGAACGCGACACGCCGUCUCCAACCUUGUCACUUACGCCUACGGUGCCUGAUGAGCCGGUUCAACCGGAGAUUCGCGUUCAACGGCCUUCCCCCGUGCAAGCUUAUCCGACAUCAAUUCCACCCAGUGUUGUAGCUUCUCGUAGCGCUUCUCCGGCCCCAUCGUUGGAAGCAAUUUUACUUGAUCGCAAGGCUCAACGCCGUCUGGGUGGGGCAGCAACAGCACCGACUGGAUCGAUUAGCGCAGCUAUUGGAGCGGGCAAUACUGCCAACGUCGGGAAUGUCGCUUCGACGGGUCAGGGAAGCAUGGCUGGAGCAAGAAAUACAGCUAGCACCGGCCCCAAAGGCACUAUGUUCAAGAGCAGUCCACUUGGUGGAGGUGAGCGGUCGGGCGUAGUUGUCGCCGAGCAAGUCAAGAGUCUGAAAGGUGGUGAGGGAGGGGCGGAUGAGGAGGGCAAGGCGGGAGACAGGAUACCGAGUGAGAAGGACAAGGAAGGUCCGGACAUAUGA